ACCGCCGCCCAGAGCAGGUCCAUGCCAGUGCAGUAGAUUGUAGUCGGCAUGGCAGCAUUCCCCCGUCCUAUUUGCAGUGGCACACUCCCUUGCAUCUACAUCCUAUUCUUCUUCGCACUUCUGUCUUCCAAUGUUGCUGCCUUCGCUCCAACGUUGUCAAGAUUCUCAAGUAGCCAAUGCUUCCACCAUGUGAAUAAGUACCAAGCCCAUAAACUUCUUCUUCAAGUCCCUCGUUGCACAAGAGCCAGGUUGUCGAAUGGUGCUCUACAAACUAGAGCAGAGGAGGGUAUCAGGGCAGCAACGGACAAGGAUCUUGACACGAUCAGAGAGAUGGUCACCAAGGAGAACAUGAAUUUCCUAUUUUUGAAUCCUGCUGACUUUCUCAUCGCUGAAGCAGAUGAUGAGAUCGUUGGGAUUGGGCAGAUUCGUAGUCUCGGAAAGAGCUUUGAACUAGCAUCCCUGGUUGUCCGUGAAGACAUGCGAGGACAGGGAAUCGGCACGGCUCUUGUUGAAGAAUUGUUGGCUCGGCACAAGAAGAAGCACGAGGGCGACAAUGCGGAAAAGAGACCCCCUGAUAUUCUAUUGCUAACUCUGCAAUCUACCACCAAGUUUUACAGCAGGCUCGGAUUUCAAGAGAUGCCUCUAAGUAUGGCUCCAGUUCAGAUGCAGAUGGAGGCAACAGCAGGGUCUGUUCUUGCUAGAUUGACAACGGGAAGUUCAGUUUGCUGCAUGAGAUACAAAUUCCCGAGUGUCGAAUUGAACUCUCAACAAUCUGGCACAGUUCUGAAGUCCGCUGAGGAUAUCUAAUGACUUGACUGUACUAAACGUG